AUGCCAGUAGAAGAUAUAGAACUUGACUACAUGGAAAGAUCCUCACUUCAUAGCAUAGAUGGCCUCACAUCCAAGUUAGAAUUUGGAGAAGUUAUACCAGAACACCCUGCACCAUGUCUCAAAGAGGAGGCUGGUAACACAGAGGCUCACUGGCAGCAACACAGACUCUGGAGCAAAGAUUCCACCAGCUUGGAUAAUGUAUCUCCUGGAGCAGAAGAGAGUCAAUGGUGCAGAGUAUUACUGGAAGUCAAUGGUGCUUUCAUGUGUGGACAUACCCAAAGAUCCCAUCAGGCUGACAAGACCCUCCAUUGCAGCACUGUUCACAAUGAACAAACCAACAACACAUUCAUAGAUGCACUAUCAGCCAGUCCAUUAGGGUCAAUGAUGGUGAUGAUAGGAUAUCUAUACCCUCAGCACAAUCUCUUAUGGCAUCCACCUCCACCAGUCCUCUAUGCUCCUAUUUCCAAAGUCAUCAUCAUGGUGCCCAGCUGGCUUGGUGAAGAGUCAUCAUUCAUGCUUGUGCCUCAUGCACAUGUAUCAUAA